GUUUAACCAUGAGGAGGAAGAAGAGGAGGAGCGCGGCCUGAAGAAGCUGCGCUUGGUAGUUAAGCUCCCUCGUUCUCCAGCCGGCCGGCCUUGUCGGACGGCGGCGGUCUCUACUGCUUCAUCGUCAUCGUCCUCCCCUUCACCCUCUCCGGCUGCAUCCUCGUCUUCGUCUUAUGUAGACGAGGAUGAUCUUGGGGAGAACGGAGAUGACGAAGUGGAGACCUUCAAGCCCCCGAAAAAGCGGCGGAUCGACCGCUGCGGUGAUGCUGCUACCGUCGCAGUGAGUAGAUCCGGUUAUCAUGAGGAUAGCAAGAAAAAUGCAUUUAGAAGAUUUUCAGGCGUUGGUUCUGAUAAGUUGUCAUCUUCGUGGAGCGGAACUCUAAUGCCGGAGAAGAAGGAACUGGAGUUGAUUUUACAUAAGCUCCAAAAGAAGGAUACAUAUAAUGCAUUCGCAGAGCCUGUAGAUCCCGAAGAGCUUCCGGAUUACCAUGAUGUCAUUGAGCAUCCAAUGGAUUUUGGGACUGUAAGAAAAAAGCUGGGCAGAGGUGCUUACCGUUCCUUUGAGCAGUUUGAGGAUGAUGUUUUCCUAAUUUGCAGCAACGCAAUGCAAUAUAAUGCACCAGACACAGUUUACUUCAGACAAGCAUGCGCUAUACAAGAGCUGGCAAGGAGUAAGUUUCAGUUUGUUAGAGAGAAUGUAAAACACACAGAAACUCAGCGAACUGAGCAAAGGGCCAAGGAGAAAGUCAGAUUAACUCCCAUGGUAAAAAGGACACCUCGUACUUCAUGUGCACCGAAGAUCCAGUACAAAGCUGUGGUGGAGCCUAUUGUAUCAGAUAUCUCUUCUGGCGCCACUAUUGCCUCUGCUGGUGAUACCUCUACCGGACUGAGCACAGUGAAUGGGAUUGAAAAAUCUGUUGCUGUUAAUGAACUUCUAGAUGCUAGCUCUUCUCUGGAGGGGAGCAAACAAGAUAAGUCUGGUGCGGUUAAUGGACUUGUGGAUGCCAUUUCUUCUCUGGAGGAGAGCAAACAAGAGAAGUCAGUAGCUGUUAAUGGAGUUCAAAAUACUAGUUUUUCUCUUGGGCUGAGCAAGCAAGAGAAGCCUGUUAGUAUUAAUGGACUUAUAGAUACUAGUUUUUCUUUGAGGGAGAGCAAACAAGAGAAGUCUGUUGCUGUUAAUGAACUUGUAGAUGCUAGUUCUCUUGGGGAGAGCAAACAAGAUAAAGGAGAUGACCUUUUAGUUAAAUGCUCUCCCUCCAAACUUGGGCGUAAACCAACACCAGUUGAUGAAAAUCGCCGGGCAACAUAUAACAUAAGUCAACAACAAAACCCCUUGGUUGAGUCUGAUCUGGUACUCAAUCCCUUUGAGGAUGAGCAAAAACAGCUGCUUCCUGUUGGACUUGAUUUUGAGCAUUCUUAUGCUCAGAGCCUUGCCCGAUUCACCGCUUCACUUGGUCCCGUGGCCUGGAAAAUAGCGUCCAAAAAAAUUGAAAAAGCCUUACCUCCUGGGAUGAAAUUUGGGCCUGGAUGGGUUGGGGAAUAUGAGCCUCUUCCCACUCCUUUUCUUUCUGUUGGAAACCCAGCUUCAUGUUCAAAAGUAGCCACAAAUGAUAAGGUUGCUGAAAUGAAAUUAAGGAAUGGACAAACUCCCGCUUCCAGUAACAUGGAUUUGCUUAUCAAGAAACUGUCGACCUCUAAAGCAGCCCCCAGAAAAGCUCCUAAUUUUAGCAAGAGUGCUUUCUGUGAGAAUUCAGGAGAGCAGAAACCAAGGUUACUUGGUGUUGAUAGCACUGCAAAAACCCAAUCCAAAAUCAAUGGCACUGCAAAAACCCAAUCCAAAAUCAAUGGCACAGUUGGACAGAAACAGUGCAAUGACUCUAAUAACACCAACAUUGCUGUCAACAGUCAGAUGAUUAACAGAAACUCAUCCAUAGCUCCUGUUCGUGUUAAAGAGGAGACCCCGUGCGAGGAGAUUAUAGAGAGGAAGCAAGAAGCGAUCAGUGUCAAUGAUUUUGCACAACCAAGUACUCAAACGAAGUCAAAUCAGCAGAAAAAUCAAACCACAGCAGAUUUUGCCAAAGCUUUCACAAAUGUUUUCCCACAAGCUGGUCUGGCAAACUCCCUGAAUAAAGCCACUCAUGCUAACUUUCCUGGAAUUUUUUCAAGGGAAACUGAAACCCAUAAAGUAAUUCAAGCAGCAUCAUCUCAAAAUCUGAAAGCUGCUCCAGAAAUUGGUAUCAGAGGUUCCAAUAGUGGACCCAAAGUAAGUACUUCUUUAGCUUUCAUCUCAAGCAAUCAAACUGGAGUAAACUAUGCCCUUGGUCGGGGUAAUAAUAAUCAUGAUCAGGCUUCCAAUUAUCCUUUCAAAUUUGCGAGUUUCCCGGCAAAGGCUAGCAAUCAACAAAACUUUUCAACUAGUGGCACUAGUCAUGUAGAACAGUCCAUUCCAAUAGUUUCACCACUUAGCAAGGAGGGUUUUAGUCCAGCAACAUCUGCUGCAGCUAGAGCAUGGAUGUCUGUUGGAACCUCAGGCCAGUGGAAAUCAGUUGAUGGUAAAACUGCUUCAGAAAAGCCAAGCAUAUCAUCUCCUUUCUGCAACCCCCCUGCUUGGAAAACCCCUACUGCUUCUCAGUUUAAUGGAUAUUCUAUUGUACGACCUGCAAAUUUACCUUUAAAGGUGGAGGCCUCAAGUGUUAAAAAUAGAGGCCUAGUUAUCUUCCCACAGUUGAUUUCCUCGAAUUUAUCAAAUUAUCAGAACCAUCCAGCUUGGCAAGUUUCUAGUCCUCAACCUCAGAGCAAGCGGAGAGAUAAUCUUCCUCCAGAUCUGAAUAUUGGAUACCAGGCGCCAGCAUCUCCAAUUCAACCUUCUUCUUCUAGUCUGGCUAUGGAUUCUCAGCAGCCUGACUUAGCUUUGCAGCUGUGAGAAGAUUAAAUCGCCUCACUGUAAGAUCUUGCGUCACCUCAAGAUGGAGAGAGCUCAGAAUUCAGGAGAUGAGGGAUCCAUGGUGGAUUUUUUUUAAGUUAGUGAAACAAUUUUGUGCUGGUUAGGAAUUGCUGAGGCUGAUACUUUGGGUCCAUGCCAGUAGUUUUGGCGAGGAGUUUUGCUUCACAGAGGCUUGUUAGGAAGAAUGGCUUGAGAGAUCAACUCAUCAAAAUUGAAGUCUUACACGUUUGAGAUGGGAAGAAUUGUGCUUUUGCUCGUAGAAAUUGAUGGAAUGGACUCGUCAGAUUUGGAAAUUUCAUGCAGACAUGAUUCCUGGAACUGAUUUCCUUCAUUUUUAUUCUUCAUGGGAAUCUUUGUAUAUCAAAUUAGGAUAAUAAAUCUUCUUCUUCUUGUGGUUAGGUUUCUCUUCUUUUUCGCCGCAGAAUUUACUGCAAAUCUCUUUGACACGUCUAGUUCUGCUAAUGUAUAUUAUCUUGUCAAUCAUUGAUGCUAGCUGAGAAGAAUUGCUUUUUAAUCCAGUCAUCAAAGAACAUGUAGAUCUAUAAGUUGUCUCAGAAUUGCCAGCUCUAAACUUAUGGAAAACAUUCAAAUCUUUACUAUUGCAGUUGCUGACCAGCAAAUACGAAUCAUAAAGAUGGAUGAGUUGAGCUCCAUCAAAAUUGAAGUAGCCGAUAAUUAUGGAAUGUAACAUUACAUGAAUCUGGGCUCGAAUGGACUUGAUCUUCAUCUCUGCUAGCUCCUACCCAAUCCAAAUCCCGCCGCUCCAGUUCUUCCGUCAUCUUCAUACAAAAUCCCGUCACGUUACGCCGAGCUCUUCCUCCGCUUCAUCGUCCUGAGCGAGCAUGCCUUCAGCUUCCACCUCCGUUUCCUCUCCCUGUGCCGCACGAAGCCGAAGCUCGCUCGCCCCAGCCCUAAGCGCGAUCCCUAGCCGUGCCGUGCUCCAACCCGAGAACUCCUCGUCCCAUCUCCCUAUUCGGUCCUUCCUCCCCUCGAUCGUCGCUUCCUCUCGUGCGACUCAGAAGCCCUCUUCCUCUUGAUUUAGAAGCACAAAAUCACACGAAUCGCCAUUCCUGUACGCGAUUCUUAUCUGCUCGUCCAUUCCUCGCGGAAAUCGUCUCGUUCGAUUUAGCAAGCCGCAGUAGUUUCCUGGCCAAACUUCCUCUGCUUUUUAGACUCAAAACCGCACAACCAACUUCACGCCUCGCCUCUCCUCCACCCCAAAACAACACCGCUAUUAUUCUCUUAAAAAGAGAUUUUUC